AUGACAGUGGAUGGGGACAGCGGUGAGAACAUGGGAACAGUGGAUUCGGAGACUCCAACAAGCAGUGAUGCACAAAGAAGAGGUCGAGGACGUCCAAAAAAGCCGGUGACGCCAUCGGAAAAUGCUCCAACUGCAGAUGAGCCAUCAACAAGUGAGGAAAAUAAUAUGGGAAUGAGAGAGAAUAUUGAUGACGCUGGAACGCUGCGCCCGCAGAAUCAUGGAGAACAAGCAGCUCCAUUACAAAUUCGGGAAAGAAGACGUCCAGCAUGGCAUUCAGAAAUGACUUCAACAUCUUCAUCGUCAUCUUCAUCUUCUAUCUUGCUGAAGCGAAGUGUUGGACCUCCAAAACAGAAGCGGAUGUUGCCACAAGCUGUUGCAACUCCAGAAGAGCGCAUUGAAACUGAUGGAGAAACGAUGAAUUCCGCAACUGUUUGCUGCGACGACCGAGAUCUUCAGCACCACGCAGCAAGUUCGACGUGCUCAGGAAAUGCAUCCCAUCGAAUUGCUCCAGGACAGCCGUGUUGGAAGGCCAGGAAUGGAGACAUGUACUGGUACUGUCUCAAGUGUUUCAAGAGCUCCGGAGAAAACAAGGAGGAGUAUUUCAAAACCGAGAACAUUAAUCAAGCCGUCGAGGAAAUCCUAAUGUGCUCCAGGUGCAGUGAUAGAUAUCACAAGUGCUGCGCCUUUUUCUAUGGAAGCGACAGCUCAAGGUUCGUAUGUCACAACUGUGACAAAACUGCGAUGGUGAAGAGGACAGUGAACGCCAAGCAGAAAUGCGAAUUAGCAAACUUCAUCUCCAAGAAGUUGAAUGAUUUGUUGGAACAGCUUGUGGGAAAGGAGACGGCAAGCAGGCACCCCUUCCGGGUUGUUGGAUUCUCUGUUAAGAAAUCCACGCCAAUCGAGGACUUCACCCCGAACCUUUUCAAGGAGGAAUUCGAAAACUUGUUCACCAAAGUGCUCAAGUACCUUUCGAGGGCUCUCUAUGUGUACCAAAGGAUCGAUGAAGUUGACGUCAUCUCCUUCACAUUGUUUUCUUUGGAGUGUGACCGGAAUAUGGAUCGGAAACUCUGCCAAAUCGAUUAUAUCGACUCUGUUCCGUACUUCAAGGUUUUCCAAAACUUGAAGAGAGGAGCCAUCCAUGAAGUCAUCAUUCUCGCUUAUUACGAGUAUAUGACUACAAUUGGAUACAAACAUGCUCCUCUGUGGGCCGAACCAGCGACUCCGCACGAUGACUACGCUUUCCACAUACAUCCGCUUGCCAUGAAGUUCCUGAAUGGAGAUGAGUUAAUUGGCUAUUACCGCCGAAAUCAUGAAAGUGGAGUAAGAAAAGGAAUCCUCCAGGAAUUCAACAAUUUCAAAGAGGAAAACAAAGACGGGAAGUUCGACAGCCCAGAGAAGAUUCCGAUUCUCCCAGGAUCGCUUUGGUCCAUAGUUAUGAAAGAAAUUGAGGAGGAAGUGAUGAGAAACAAGAAGACAGACAAUACGAUUAAACUCAAGGAACAAUUCUGGAGGAAACUCAAACAAAGAUUCCCCCAACUUGCCGAAAACAACUUUUUUAUCACUCUCCCAGUGCCAGCCGCAAUUCAGGAAAGAGUCGAAGAAACCAACUCUCACGAGUUUCUGGAUGAUCGAAUCAAAUUUUUGGAUAAGUGUGCAAAGGAAAAUUGGGAGUUUGUCAAUUUGCGGCGAGCCAAAUACGCUUCAGUGGGGAUCAGUCAGAUGUUGCUAGAGCAAGAGGAAGAUGAGGAGCAAGAAGAGGAAAAUGAAUAA